AUCAUAUCCCGCUUACAAUAUGGCAGUUGAAAGCAUCAGUCACGUUUAUUAUGUUAUAGUGCUAAACUCUAACACGCAUACAACCUAACGACAAUCCAGUCUUAUCACAACUACCAUCGCCUCGAGUGAUCGUAUUUGGACCAUGGCGUCGUUAGUUAACGGUCAUUCCACUAAGCCGGGGGAAAUGCGAAAAAACCACCCCGAGGACGAGUCCGAAUUCGAACUGGAGUUCACCGACGACAUCCACAAGACGCAUAUGUUGGCCUCCCUCAACACCAUGCGAAAAAAUCGUCACUUUUGUGACGUCAUUCUUCACGUUGGCAAUACCGAAGUUCAUGCGCAUAGAGCCGUUCUGGCGAGCGCUUCACCCUAUCUCGCCGAGCUUUUUGCCAACGAUCAAGCACAAAAUCCCCUAGAAAAUGUCGUCACGUUUAAAUUAAACGGCGGUUUUAAUAAGGACGCCUUGAGGAUCUUAGUCGACUAUGCCUACACCGGCCAACUCGACGUCAAGUAUAAUCAGGUUAAGGCCGUUUUUCUGGCCGCCAACCACCUGAAAAUGGAGCGUGUGACCCGGAUAUGCGCCCAACACUUAAUAAAACAUCUCUCUGUGGAAAAUUGCAUUGAAAUCCGUUCUCUACCGGGAAUUGCUCGCAACAAGGAAUUUAUCCAACAAGUCGACGCAUUCAUCGCUAAAGAAUUUGACAAAAUCUGCAAAAAUAACGACGUCCUCAAUUUACAUUGCGCCAAAAUCGAGGUCCUCAACCAAUCACGCGAAGAAAUGUCUUUGGUGAAUCAAAAUUCACUCUGUCGCUUAGUUUUAGAAUGGAUCAAAAGACAAGUCAACGAAGAGUCAUUCAGCGUUGAAAUGUUAUCAAAUAAGACUUUCAUGUUGUAUUUAGCCAUCGAUAAUUCCCUACAGGAUUGCUCAAGUCUACCAACUGGUGACGUAAGCGACACAGAAAUAGUCCAAGAUUAUAAAAAAAUGUCCCUGAAAAAUAACAACACAAAUGCGAAAACGAAACGCAAAUGUUUGGGUCAACCGUCAAAACCGCGAGUUUUAAUCUACAAUCGCGAAAUCGGCGAAGAAAUUGAAUUCGAAGGCGAACCCGAUUGGAAUUUAAUCGCUUCGGAGAAAGUCGGGGAGCAUAGUUUUCUAGCGUUGGUAACCCUAGGUGGCAGGUUGUCAACACUGUCAAUCCAGUUGAGGCUAAAUACCCCUUCGACCCCCUCGCCGGUGCAAACCCCCGAUUCGAGUCGCCCCUCUAGUGAGGAAAAGCCGGACCUGUAUUGCGCCCUAGCUAACAUGUCGUGUCCUCGGUGCUCCGUGGGGUGUGCAAAUUUCCUUAAUACACUCCUGGUAUGUGGGGGCUAUGACCGGACUGAAUGUCUCCGUACAGUCGAACAAUACAUUCCUGAAACCAACACUUGGAAAUUUCUACCAUCGAUGAGGGAUAAUAGAGGGCGCUUUAAAAUCGCUGUUGUUAAUGAUAAAGUCUACGCUAUUGGUGGUAGUAAUGGAACAACUGAAUUAGACUCAGUGGAAAUGCUCGACUUGUCAUUGGAUAAAUGGGUCAAGAUGCCUAAAAUGCCAUUGGCUAGGAGUAACAUGGGGGUGUGUCAUCUCGACGGCUUGAUCUACUGUAUAGGGGGAUGGAACGGUCAAGUUGGUAUUAAACAGUGUGAUGUUUUCGACCCUGUCGCAUCCGAGUGGAGUUCAAUCGCGUGUUUGAACACCGGUCGUUAUCAAGCGGGCGUGACAUCAUACAAUAAAUUGGUUUAUGCAAUUGGGGGCUGCGACGCCUGGAAUUGUCUCAAUUCGGUGGAAGUUUACAAUCCGGAGGAGAACACGUGGAGUGUCAUUAAACCGAUUAUAACAGCCCGACGUGGAUGCGGUGUUGCCGUUUUCAACGAUAAGUUGUACGUGGUUGGAGGCUCCGACGGGUCGCAUUCGUUGAGUUCCACGGAGAUUUUCGAUGAGAAGACACAAACGUGGGUGGUGGGGCCCAGUUUGACAACGCCGCGGGCUAAUGUCGAUGUGGCCGUGGUUGGGGAUCGGUUGUAUGCAGUUGGGGGCUUCUCAGGGAAGAAUUUCUUGAAUACGAUUGAGUAUUUGGAUGCGAAGUCGAACGAGUGGACGACGUUUGUCCCCAGGAAGAGUCAUAAUUAGGGUUAUUUCAUGUUUAGAGUAAUUGUCUCACGCCUAAUAUCACUCAUGUUAAUCAAGUGUAAUCAUAUUAGGGCAAGUAUUAAGAAUAGACGUCUCAAGAAUCGCAUUUGGGGGAAAAUGACUGCAUUUGUUUGAGUUUGAAACUUGAAAAUUCCAAGUCUGAUGGUGAUUCUUGAGGCGGGAAAUAUAAAUGUUUACACCGAAUUAUAUAUUUGUAGAUUGUUGGGUUAGAAUUUCCCUACUUUUUAUAAGUUUUUAAUUCGUUUCAAAUUUGUACGCAAUUUUUUAUAUGAUGGAAAAAAAUAUAUUUUAAAUACUCUUUUCCACUUGCAAUAACAAAAAUUAUAUAAAAAUGGAACUUUCAACAAUAAAGUAAAGUAUUUAAAGACAUUACUAUAGGUCAUGUUACUCUAUUUAUUAGUAAAUAAUAUAAAGUAUGAUUGUUACUUCUAUAAAUGUUUGCAACGGCUGGAGUGCGACCUUUGUGAUUGGAUAAUAUUGAAAUAUCUGCAUAUUUUGCCAUAUUUGUAUAAUUGAAGUGGUUAUUGGAUGAAUAUAUGUUUUUCUUUUCUAAUAAGCAA